AUGAUAUCAUAUUUGAUGCUAUUAUUAUCAUUUUUUGCCAUAUCUACAUAUGAAAAAUUGAACGUUAUAUCACAUAGUUCUGUUUCAAGACUUAAUGAUGAAAAACGUAAUGAAAAAGUUAUAACAUGUGUUGUUGAAUAUAUAAUUAGAGGUGACAUGGAAAUUGAUGAUAAUUUAUUCUGUGAAAAUGAAACAUCAUGCUCACCAUCCAGCUCAGAAGCAAGUGGGAGUGGAGAUUACUGUGAUAAUUAUUAUGAUAUAACAUUGAUUGUAGAGGAAUCAAAUUUUGUUCAAAAAGAUUACUGGAUAAAAGGAACAAUACCAUUUUUAGAAUCAAUGAUAAGAAAUGUAAGAGUCAGUAAGGAUAAAGCUCAUAUGUCUAUUAUACUUUUUGAUCGUGAUCAGAGAUUAUUAGUCCCAUUUACUGAUGAAAUUAGUCAAGACAAACAAAAGUUAAUAGAAAAGGUUAAAGGAAUAAAUGACGUAGCAAGAGGUCCAGAUACAUUAUAUGUUUAUGCAUUAGAAUAUGCAUUGGAAAAUGUUAUAUUUGGAGAUGGAACUAGAAGUGAUGCUCCAAAGGUAGCAGUAUUAUUUUAUUAUGGAUAUGAUUACGGAGCAAAUAAAAGUUUAAUACCUGAUAUAGUUGAAGAUUACAAAGAAAAUAAUAUAAAACUUAUAAUAGUAGGAAUUGGAUUAGGUAAUAAGGAUAAUGCAUAUUUACUUGCAGAUUGUUCUAUUGAUGAUAACAAUUGUGCUAACGUAAUAUUUAAACCAUGGGAUUUUGUAAUACCAGCGGCAGAACAAGUGAAAGAAAGAAUAUGCAAUAAAAACAAGUCAAAAGGUAAAUCUUCUAUGAUUCAAAAAGUAGUGUAUAAAUAA